AUGCCGAACCUGCGCUGCUGCUCGUCUUCCGCCCUCUCUCUGCCCACCGAGAGCUACAUCUACCAGCUCUGCGCUGCAGGCCCAGCGUCCCUUGCAGCCAUCUCGUCGGACAACUCGCUACGCCGCUUCGACCGCCGCUCCCUCGCUCUGCUGCCGGAUAGCCUGGUGAAGGAGACGCAUGCCGCGGGCGUCAGCUCGCUCUGUGCUGCUGGUGAUGGCCUGCUGGCGACCUGCGGGAAGGAUGGGACGGUCAAGCUCUGGGAUGCUCGACAGGCUGGAGCCGUAGCCGUUUUUCAAGCUGAUAAGGAUAUGCCGUUGCUCUCGUUGGCAUGCAAUGCAUCUUCUCAUUCAAUUGUUGCCGGCACGGAGCUGGUCAAGCCAGAUGCCUUUGUCCUUUUCUGGGACACUCGAUCACCUGGAAAGACAUGUCGUCAGUACGUUGAAAGCCACAACGACGACGUCACAGAGGUCCAAUUCCAUCCAUCUCGUCCCUCAGUGCUUCUAUCAGGCAGUACAGAUGGCCUGGUAAACAUAUAUGAUACCACUGUGGCUGAAGAAGAGGACGCUUUGAUGCAAGUAGUCAAGCAUUCAUCCAUACACCAUGCAGGCUUCCUGCAAGACAAGGCCAUCUACGCUCUCUCUCACGAUGAGAUGCUAUCCGUCCAUCCAGUAACUUCUGCAGACGAAAAUGAUAACCACGUUGAUGAAGUUAAAGCCGUUGAGUUCGGGGAUUUGCGGCCCGUAUUAAAGGCAGAGUAUGUGGUGCAGGUCCUGGUUGAUGCGGCCGGGAGCUACGUUGCCUCUGGCAGGACAAGUGAUCGGAGUCUAUCGUUGACACCGUUGGCGCAUACGCCGGAGUUUCAUUUUGAGCAAUCGAGUUCAUGGAUAUUGCCCGGUGCUCAUGGAGAGGAAGUUGUUCGUUCAGUCCUGUUCGACAGCGAGUCACGGACGGUCUAUACCUGUGGUGAAGACGGCCAUGUAAGACUAUGGAAGGAGGAGUCAGAUUCAUCUACUGUAGAGCUCGCAUCAAUACGGCCUACCAAACAACGGAAAGGAAAGGGGUACAAGCCAUACUGA